AUGUCUUGCGAUCAAUUAACAUGUGCUGAUAAGAGAAACUUCGUUGUUAUUAUGUCUAUUGAGAGGCUUCGGCGUGAGGUUGAACAGCAGGAGCGCCGCGUGGCCGCCUUGCGAGAAAAAAAGGUCCGUCGCUACGCCGUGUUGUCGCAGGUGCGUCUUCUUAUGAAUACCACAGAUCCCACAAGCUUUACUGCUUUGAGCAACAGUUUAUGGCAGUUACUGCACGAUAUGGCCGCUGCGGAGACACUUGCGGUUAAUGGUGAUGAUCCAACCAUUACUGAAUCGGUGUCUCGCAGCGCAUCUGACGGCCUUUUUAGCAAGGAGAUGGAGCAACGUAUAAUGCAGGAGGAGGAACCACCGUUGAAGGGAGAAUGGAGCUAUGAGGAUGAGGAUGAAAGUGUGGACCAAAAGAAAAGAAAGAAAAGGCGCAGAAGGCAAAAACAACGCAAAGAGCGACUAGGCGGAGUUGAGGCAACGGGUAGGACUUUGGCACUAGCGGAAGACAACGCAAGAAGUGCCCUUCUGGCCGCUGUGGAUGCGUUGCAACUCGAUGGUGCUCCACAGCAGGUAGUUGGUGUACCGGAAUGGCUUGCAGACGUUGAGACCACUGAGCCGGGGGAAUUGUACUCAGGCGGUAAAAGUGACGGUAGCGAUAAGGAGGAAGAAAAUGUCUACUCAGAUGAUUUCGAUGAACUUAGCGAUGAUUAA